UGGCGAAGACGUCAAACAAUCAGACAAAAACAAAGCCAGUUGAACGCUUUUUUCUUUAAUCACUCUGCUUCUGCUGCAAUCACUGUUUACAGCAAACAAAAUAAGAUGACCGAACGUUUGGAAAAAAAUGUACGCAAAGUUGUCCUCAUCACAGGAUCGAGUUCGGGGAUUGGUGCGGCAGCGGCAAUCCAGUUUGCAACUUUAGGCUACCGGAUGUCUUUGUUCGCCAUGAAUGUACCGGUGGACGAAGCUGGACUGGCCGACACAAAAGAUCGAUGCCUGAAAGCCAAUCCUGAACUCACCUCAGAUGACAUCCUAACGAUGACUGGCGAUUUGACUGUAGAGAAAGAUUGCCACCUGUACAUCGAGAAAACGUUCGAAACUUUCAAGAGAAUUGACGUCCUGGUGGCCAACGCGGGAAUCGUCAGCGGCAGUCGACUGGAAAACCUGAAAAUGGAAGACUUUGACAAAGUGAUGAAUAUCAACUGUCGAGUGGUUGUCCUAAUGAAUAAAUUGGUCAUCCCUUAUCUGGCCGAAACCAAAGGAAAUAUUGUCAACGUAUCUAGCGUGGCCGGAUUGCGUGCGUGUAACGAUAUGAUUGCGUACUGUAUGAGUAAAGCUGCCGUUGCCCAAUUAACUCGUUGCGCCGCUUCCGAAUUGGCUUCCAAAGGAAUUCGGGUCAACGCCGUUUGUCCGGGCCUUAUCGACUCCACCAGGAUCUUUCAAAACGCCGGAUUCUCGACCGAGUUCCACGACUUGAUGAUAGAACGCGUGAAAUCCUCCCACCCUCUCGGUCGAGCCGGAACCCCGGAAGAAGUUGCCAAAUCCAUCGCUUUUCUGGCCUCCGAAGAACAGGCUUCAUUCAUGACUGGAGUCACUUUGCCAAUUGAUGGGGGACGUUGUGUCUCGUCAUAAUGUUAGCAACAUUUUUGUUAAAAUAACAAUGCGAAUGGACACGCUAAAAAUUUUUAAAGAUUCCGCUUUAAUUAUAGCCUCGUUGAUUAUAAGAAUGUUUAGUCGGAUGCUGGCAUCAAAUUCUUUUCAAAAGAUUUUGAUUCUAAAACUCGGGUUCGUAGUUCGUUACUCUAUUACUAGCCAAUUAACAACGGAAGCUGUUUCUUCAUUUUAAAACUUCUAAUAUACCAGGACAACAUA